UUGGAAAAGAGGCAAUCCUUAAUCAUUUUCAUAGCUUUAUUUUGCAGAUGAAUGAGAUGUGUUCAGCUAGUCAGAUGUUUUUGUUUUUUAAUCCUCACCUGAGGACAUUUUCAUUGCUUUUUAGGGAGAGGAAGGGGGAGAGAGAAACAUUGAUUGUUUGCCUCCCUUACACACCUGGACCAGGGAUCUCACAGACCUAGGGAUCGCCCGCACCAGGGACAGUACGCACCCGUGACUGAACCUGCAACCUAGCUGUCAAGUGGAAUGUCAUGGCCAGCUCCUCAGACAGUGAUGAUGACAGUUUCAUGGCAGUGGACCAAGAAGAAACUGUGCUGGAAGGGACAAUGGAGCAAGAUGAGGAGCCUCAACCAGUAUUAGAGGUUGAGGAGACUAGACAUAAUAGAUCCAUGUCUGAGCUGCCAGAAGAGGUUUUGGAAUACAUCCUGUCCUUCCUUUCACCAUACCAAGAACACAAAACUGCAGCCCUUGUCUGCAAACAGUGGUAUCGACUUAUCAAAGGAGUAGCCCACCAGUGUUAUCAUGGUUUCAUAAAGGCUGUUCAGGAAGGAAACAUUCAGUGGGAGAGUCGGACUUACCCUUAUCCUGGAACCCCGAUCACUCAGCGGUUCUCACACAGCGCUUGCUAUUAUGAUGCUAAUCAGUCUAUGUAUGUGUUUGGAGGCUGUACCCAAAGCAGCUGCAAUGCUGCCUUCAAUGACCUCUGGCGACUUGACCUGAAUAGCAAAGAGUGGAUUCGACCUUUGGCUUCAGGGUCCUAUCCUUCCCCCAAAGCUGGAGCAACUCUAGUCGUGUACAAGGACCUGUUGGUGCUGUUUGGUGGCUGGACACGGCCAAGCCCUUAUCCCCUACACCAACCAGAGAGAUUCUUUGAUGAAAUACACACUUACUCACCCUCUAAAAACUGGUGGAACUGCAUUGUGACGACCCAUGGGCCGCCUCCCAUGGCCGGCCAUUCCUCCUGUGUGAUAGAUGAUAAAAUGAUUGUCUUUGGUGGCUCCUUAGGAUCUCGGCAAAUGAGCAAUGAUGUCUGGGUCCUUGACCUGGAGCAGUGGGCGUGGUCCAAGCCAAACAUCUCUGGCCCCAGUCCUCAUCCUCGAGGUGGCCAAUCUCAGAUUGUCAUAGAUGAUGCAACUAUCUUAAUCCUUGGAGGGUGUGGUGGGCCCAAUGCUCUGUUCAAGGAUGCUUGGUUGUUGCACAUGCACUCAGGUGCCUGGGCCUGGCAGCCACUCAAGGUAGAAAAUGAAGAUCAUGGGGCUCCAGAACUGUGGUGCCAUCCAGCUUGUCGGGUGGGGCAGUGUGUGGUGGUCUUCAGCCAGGCCCCCAGUGGGAGAGCCCCGCUCAGCCCCAGUUUGAACUCUCGCCCAUCACCUAUCAGUGCCACUCCUCCAGCCCUGGUUCCUGAAACCCGAGAGUACCGCUCACAGUCUCCAGUAAGGAGUAUGGAUGAAGCUCCUUGUGUUAACGGCCGCUGGGGAACACUGAGACCCAGAGCUCAAAGGCAGACCCCCUCAGGUUCCCGGGAAGGAAGUCUUUCCCCAGCCAGAGGAGAUGGCUCUCCCAUCCUCAAUGGUGGGAGCUUAUCUCCAGGAACAGCAGCCGUAGGUGGUUCUUCCUUGGACAGCCCUGUACAGGCCAUAUCUCCUAGCACUCCAUCUACCACUGAAGGAUAUGACCUAAAAAUGGGACUGACUUUGGCCCCUCGACGAGGGUCACUACCAGAUCAGAAAGAUCUGAGAUUAGGAUCAAUAGAUCUCAAUUGGGAUCUGAAACCCACUUCCAGUAGCAAUCACAUGGACGGCGUGGACAACAGGACAGUUGGGGGAAGUGUGAGACACCUUCCUGAACAGGCGAAUGGUGUGCAUACCCCACCACAUGUGGCCAGUGCCCUGACAGGAGCUGUCUCCCCAGGUGCCCUGCGUCGGAGCCUAGAAGCCAUCAAAGCAAUGUCAUCCAAAGGCCCCUCGGCCUCCGCAGCACUGAGUCCUCCUCUGGGAUCUUCCCCAGGCUCCCCAGGGAAUCAGAACCUGAGCAGUGGAGAAACGGUGCCCAUUCCCCGGCCAGGGCCUGCCCAAGGAGACGGGCAUUCCUUACCCCCUAUUGCCCGCCGCCUAGGCCACCACCCUCCACAGUCCCUAAAUGUUGGCAAACCCUUGUAUCAGAGUAUGAACUGCAAGCCCAUGCAGAUGUAUGUGCUGGACAUUAAAGACACCAAGGAGAAGGGGCGGGUCAAAUGGAAAGUAUUUAAUAGCAGUUCUGUCGUGGGACCUCCUGAAACCAGCCUGCAUACAGUGGUACAAGGCAGGGGUGAGCUCAUCAUAUUUGGAGGACUCAUGGACAAAAAACAGAAUGUGAAGUACUAUCCAAAAACAAACGCCUUGUACUUUGUGCGAGCAAAGAGAUAAUAUGUUGUAAACCCCUUUCCCUUUCUGUGGCUUUUAAUUUGGAAUUUUCCAACGUGCAAGUGUUUGGACUGAAAAUUAGGAAAACAAAGGACAAAAUUACUCCCAUAAACCAAAACUCCAGUUCCCAACCUCACUCUCUCCAGGCUGGGAUCAAAUCUCCAUUAAGAAAAAAAUUAUAUAUAAAUAUAUAUUAUUAUAGCCAACUCUGUUUACAAAGAGGGAGAGAUCUCUGUCCUGGUUCAGACAAAAUUGUUGCUGUGUUUUAGCAGAGGCUGUGCUGCCUUUUUCUAUUUUGCUUGUAACUAGACCAAGAAUUUAGAGAACAGACUAAUAUCAGAACUUUCCUAAAGGAACUGAAGAGCCCCUGUAAAUCUCUGUGUGGCCUCCUCAGAGUUAGAAACAGGAAGGACAUGUGUCGGAUGCACCAGUGGAGGUUUCAGACUCGCGUGCUUCAGGUGCUGGCAGGGUAAAAGUAACCUAUAGAAAACUGUUCUUCCCCUUCUCUUAAACCCACAGAGGACCAGCGAAAGCCUCUCUUUGCAGUAAUGCCCUAUGCCUGGCCCAUUCUGCCCUUUGUGACUGGGGGCAGUUAUCCAACAAAGGGUUUUUUUACACAUUUGUGUGCCAGGACCGUUGUGAAACUGUGUAUGCAGUGACACCUGUCCACCUAGUGUCUUUUGGUCUUUUGAGUGCUCCCUCCAUGUCUCAGAAAGCAUUUUGGUGUCUGUGGAAUUUCCUGACAGUCGUACUUGGUUACAAGUUGCCAAAAAAGAUAAAAGAUGUUGUUCUCCUUUUCCUUCCCUUAAAACUUGAUCUUCAGAAGCUGCCUUUCUUUUUUACUUUUUGCAUAUUUAGAUUUUUUUCAAGCUUUAAAACCUUGUUCUCACUUUUUGUUUCUUUUAUAAAGCUCAAGUGCCCAGAGAGAUCUCUUAGAAAUAUUUCUGAAACACUUUCUCUGGUGUCACUAAGGGGCCCGUAGGGAAUUCCAAGAUGCCAGUAUCAUGAGAGAUCCUUGAAGCGUCAUUUACUAUUUUUUUCUUAUGGGCUUCUUUUCACUUCCAAAGCACAGUGGACACCCAUCUGUUUUGUAAAAUGUGGAAAUUGAUCCUGGCAGAGGGAAUCCCAAUAAUAGUUCCUUCUAGAAACUAUUCUUGCCCUUGUUGUGACACGCAUUUUUCUGCCUGACUAUUAACCAGUGAUUGGGUUGAGUGUCACCCAAAGAGGCUUGAGCUCUUUGACGCACGCCUGACCUUGGGAGCAUCUCCUUCUUUGUGAUUGUCUUGUUCAUGUGUCGCCCAGACAAGGCUUGUGUUUUUACUGUCAUGUCAUUUCUGAGGUAAGAUGCGACCAACUAGGACAUUUCCUCAGUGGAUGCAGGAAGUUACAUGGUCUCUAAACCCAUGGCCUGGACACAUUGGAACCACUGAAAUGUGGAUUUUUGAUGAUUUCUCAUCAAUGGAAAGAGGAUUUUUAUUUUAAGAUUUGAAUUUCAAAACAUUGCAUAUCCCUUCCCCACACUCCUCUUUCCUGUUAGCAUUCCUCAAGCACAAGCCUGCUGGAGCUGGCCCUGGGCCCUGGCUUUCAGCCGGCGCUCUGCAGCCUGUCUGAGCGGUAUGUUUUCUCCUGUCACAUCAUGUCGAAUGCUUUCCCCUAGCCAUUAGCUUUCACAGUGCAGUCUCGGUGGGAAGGGCAGGUCACGGGGAGGGGUGUGUGUUCCGGAGGCUGCUCUGUGUGCUCCCCUAGAUGAGGGAACUACCACGUGCCUACUUACUAUGGUGUCCCACUGCUCAUAGCUCAACACAGCUUUCCAGACUCCCUGCUCUGGGGCUGCUGCCCGUUCUUUUUUGGCAAAGACUGUUAGAUCAUGCGGGGUCCUUACUCACGAGAGAAAGCUAGCCUGAAAGAUCAGCAAUUUUGGCAUUACUGCUGUCGUUGAACCUUAUUUAUGAGAUUGCAUUUGUGCAUGGGACAGUGCCUCCAAACUCAGUUCCUAUUUAAAGUAUUCGGAAGCCUGAAAGUGCAGAAUCCCAACUUCGUAAUCUUUCCUUUUGUCCUGUGGCCUUCCUAAGCCAGCUGUUAACUUGUUGAUUCCUCUGCUUUCCCCAAGUAGGCAGGUAACGGAGAUGAUUCCUUAGAAGGUAGCCCGCUCCUCGGAACUCCCUGGCAUCCCAGUAUUACCCACACCACCUGGCACCGGACUGUCUGUUUACAGCUCCUUAAGAACAAUCUGCCUCUUCUCCACCCAGCGGUGUUGGUCUUGGUGGCGCCGGGGCACUCUGUGCAUGUACCUUGGGAGAGCGACUCAGCACAGUCAAAGCGAUGGCCCCUCAGGCCCGAGAGGCCACGUGUGCAGCGGAACUUCGGGUGUCUCAGCUGAGGUGACCAUUUCCACAACGCCUCGGAUACUUCGGUCAGAUCUGAUUUAACCACGACUCUGGUUUUGACAUGAUGCCAAUUUUGUCUUAAAACUCAGAAAAAUGAGACAAAAUAUUUUUUUUAAACCCUCAGGAGCACCUAUAGCAAAUAUUUAUCAGUAUUUAAGUAUUUAAAGUACAUUUUCUUUCUACUUGAAGCUUUAACCCCUUCCAUUCCUGCAAGUGUGCCUUCGAGAGCCCCGUGUCAUACUGACUCCCCGGCCCCCUUGCUGACCUCAAGUGAGAAGUUGAGUCUCUCCCCACCCUCUUGGACAGACUUCCUGUUUUCUCAUUUUGCAAUCUGGGCAGCAGAGAGGGUUCUGUAUUUUUGUUCAUGUUUUCACCCUUAUUCUACAUUUGGGUGGUGGGCUCCACAACCUCCACCCACUCCACAUUUUGGGAGCACAAAUUAGGUGUCAGAAUAAACUUAACUUUAGUUGUAAGUCUCUACUGGGCUUAUUCUCCUCCCCUCCCUCUGUGGAUUGAAUUGAUUUUAAUGUUUGAGUUUUAGAUCAAGAGCUAAAAUCUAUGAACUAUCCUAAGAACUGUGUUGGAACUCUUUUAAAAUAAAAAUUUAAAAAAAAAAGAAGAAGAAAGAACCAACUGAAGAAAUCUUGACUUUGGAGGACAGAAAGCCACCAGCUGACAGAGAACAAAGGGAUGCUUCCCUUCCCUUUCACUGUAUCUUUCUGGAUUUCCUUCUGCUUUGCUUCUUUCCUUCCCCUUUACAAGAGAUACUCCUGGUUGGGUUGUCUGUCUGUCCUUGUCCGUGUGGUGAUCCUGGCAUGGUGAUGUGAUCUGCUUUGCAUUAUCUGUGGUCUCUAACCAGCGCACAAGUCAGUGGGGAGGAUCUGGACACACCCAGGGGCAAGGAAGCUGAAUUUUGAGGCCUGGGUCCUGUGCAGCCUCCCCACAAACUGCAGAAGGCAUGUUCUGCAUGGUCACCAGUAAGUGGCUCCCUCUCACCAUGGUCAUUGUCGAAUGAGAGCAAAUCUGAGGUUUUGCCUCCCAUCUGUACUCUUCCCCCCUUGCUCUGCUCCCCUCCCACCAACCAGGGUUCUUGUCAGCGCACAGCCAGUGUGCCCUGGCGAAGCUGGUGCUGAGCGAUGUUUCCCAUAAAACUCAGGGGUCCUGGGUGGCCUACCCUGAGAGGAUCAUUUUAGGCACAUACCUGCGUAGGAAUGAAAAGUGGAUAUGAUUUCAUUGAUAUUUAAAUCUGUCGAUUUCAUUUUUUGUUGUUUU